AUGUCAGUUCUGAUCACUGGAGGAGUUUCCAAAAUUUCUGUGAAGUUGGCAGAGAAGCUACUCAAAAAUGGUAGAAAUGUUGUCUUGCUUCACAAUAAUUCUAGUGAAUCGAUUCCGGAUGCUCUUCUGUCUAAUUCCUCUUUUUCUCUGAUCAACCUGUCAUCUGUGAAUGAAGAUGGAGUCAAGGAAGUCAUUGAAACCAAGAAAAUUCAAACUGUUUUUGAUGGAUCUCUUACCACUUCUGACGUCUCAUUGGAGCCGAUCCAGGGAGCGAAAAAACUGAUUUUGGGAAUCACCUCUGUUCUCGAUGCUAUUCGUAAAUCCAAAUCUCCUCCAUCACUGGUCCUCAUCAGUGGGGAAGAGGUAUACGGUAGUUCCGUCAAUCGUGUCGAGACCCAACCUCUCGAACCAAUUACUUUCGUUGGAUCUGCCCAGAUGUCUGUUGAAGCAAUGGUUCACAGCUAUGCAGUUAGUUACCGUAUUCCAAUUGUAAUUGGAAGACUGCCACGUAUCAUUGUUUCUUCGAAAAACGAGUUGGAAUCGGAACUGAAGAAUUUGAAGGAUUUAGAGUAUGUGAAUAUUAUGGAGACUUCUGACGCAGUACGUGGAUUAUUGAGCAUUGAGAAGUUGGCUCAAACCCAGAAACCAGCGGAAGUUUUCAAUAUUGCGAACUCCCAAGAAUUCCGAGUAGCGAACUUUUCGGAAUCCAGGAACUCGACAUUAUCCAUCUCGAAAAUCUUAUCUGAAACUGCCUGGAAACCAUCAGAUUGGUCAACUCUUCCGUCUGAAUCUCAGGAGAAUUCCAAGGAAAUCAAACCAGUUUUCUUAUUAUUCGGAGGAGAUUCUGAAUUGAAAACUCAGUUCUUUGAGUUGGUGAAAUUGGAAGGAUUUGUUGUGAAGGAAUCAUCCAUUUACAACUUCCAAGAGGCUAGUGACAAAUCGGUAAUCGAAGAGAUCAACACAGUCAAACCGUCUCAUUUGGUUUAUUUCGGAAACGAGACUGAAUCAUUCGAAGGAGACUGCUUCACUCUCCGUACCAACAUGGCCACCAAUCUCUAUUUUCCAUGGCUCUUGGCCAGCCUCUCCGAGAAGAAAUCACUUCAUUUCACGCAUUUCGGAAAUACAGCAAUUAGUCAAGAAACUUCAUCCCUUUCAGUCAAAGGAUACACUGGAAAGAUGUUGGAAUAUUUCGAGAACACUUUGAGACUUGGAACGAAAAUCGACAAGAAUACGUUGGGGUUGAUCAAAGGACGGAUGACUGGAGGACUGUUGAAUAACAAUAUUUAA